GUAGCCUAGGCCUAGGAAGGUUAGAUUUUAGAUUUUUAGAUUCUUGUCUGUUGUGUGGUGAACUGGUGUUAUACAACAACAAACUUACAUACAAACGUCAACAACGUCGUCACGUCACUACGUCAACUCGUCCUGUCCUGACAAGGAAAAAGGUAGAAAUAAGAAAGCCAGGACAAGAAGUCUCAAGUAUCAAGAAAAGUUGCUUUUAUUACACAACAAGAUAAAAAGAAAAAAAUAAAUCUUAGCUUCAUAAAUAUCACGCCGAUGUUAAGCUCAAGUUGUUAAACCAAAACAAAGUGCGCGAGUCCUUUUUUUAUAAUCCUGUAAAGAGGUGAAUUGAUAUUAUUAAGCGGCCACUCUAACAUUCUUACAAUCCAAAUUUAGCUUACUUUAACUAACUACAAAAUAAUGUCCGAGACUGACAAACUUAAGGCAACCAAUCCUCCACCACCUUACACUCCUGUGGGGUCUAACGUUGCCUACAAUCCACAGUAUGCAUCUCAGCCACCUCCAGGGUUUCAAGCAUACCCUGUGCAGUCAGCACCUGGUCCUACUUCUGGUUAUGGAGCAACCACCGUUGUCAUCACUCAACCCAACGACAUCAUCAUAGUGGGUGGCUGUCCAGCUUGCAGGGUUGGUGUGCUCGAGGAUGACUACACAUGCUUGGGUAUUUGUUGUGCCAUAUUCUUCUUUCCUCUUGGUAUCUUGUGCUGCCUCGCGUUGAAGGACAAACGUUGCACUAACUGCAACGCUUAUUUCGGCUAGAAGAGUUCCUGCCUUACAAUUUUAACAAUAUUAUAUACCCAUUUAUUAUAGUCUGAAACGUGUGCCUUUUAUUAAAUAUCAUUAUACACUUAGUUAUAUUUUACAUGUGGUAAAACAUAGCUGAAGUUUCAACUUGGGAGCCUUUUUUUAUAAACUCUGAAGUAGACAGACUGGUCUCACUGUGUUUGUUAAGUCAAGAUUUGGCCUUAGAUUAAACUUAUAUUAAAAUCAUGAAAAAACCGAUACUUCCCCUAAAAAGUUACAAAUCAAUUGCGUCUACAGUGACAAAGGCAUUACAAACUAACCAUAAAAUAUGCAAAUGAAAAUACAAGGAAAGUAUCCAAUAUAAAAUAUAUUUAUAAACCUCAAAAUAGUAUCUAUUGUUCCUUAAUGUAAGAUUUAUUGUAGCAACUUUGUCAUGUAGCAAAAUUUUUGAAAUUGCAUUGAUAUGUGUGUAGUUCCAGGUAAAAUUUACUUCCAUAACAAAUAUUAACUGACACCUUUAGAGCCAAACUAGGUCUAAGAUUGUAAUAUGUAGGCCUCAGUUGCUGUGCUUCAUUGAUUUUUAUCAACCAGUACAAUCUUGUGAUAGCAAUAUUAGUCUUAUGUGAUAGCUGUAUGGUAAUGUAACUUGAAGAUCCAAAAAAUUGAAAUAAUUUAAAAUCUAUUUACGUUACACUCUCCUAUGAAUGAGUUUAAUAUACCUCGAUUCACAUUAUUCCAACCUUACCAAAACGCUUUUAGUUUGAAGAACAAGGUAAUCUUUCUAUCAACUGUAAUAUUCAACUGUAAAUUAUGUGUUGAAUUUUACCUCCCAACUAUAAAAAAAAAAAAAAAAUACCUCCAUUAUUAAAAAAAAUCCACUACUUUUAUAUCACCCAUUUAUAAAAGAGGGUUGUUUUGGUUUUAUUGUUGCUUUGAGUAAUUUUCUACUUAUUAUUAUUACAUUAUUUUUACUUAUUAUUAUUAUUACUAUGAGCAUGUUUUAUUCAAAUUAAAACUGUAUAGAUUUGAUACUUAAACAUCAAUGUAAAAGUUUCAUUAAUCCUAGUUUUGUUAGUGAAGUACAACCCCGCUAAUCCGUCACUUAUGGGUCCGAGACCAUAGUCGGAACAGUGAAAAGGUCAGAUUAACGGAAGGAAGAAUAUAUUAAAUGACCAUGGAAUAUAUUUUUUAAUGAUUGGGGAAGAUGGUGAUGAUGUCUACAUGACCGCAAGGGAUGUUCAGGAUUUUGCCAUAAAUACAUUUUUUCUGUGUCCGUGUAAUUUGCCUAGUAUUUGUCCACCAUCGCAGAAGACGACAAUAAUGUUCCCGUGACCGUGUGAGAUGUUUAAUAUUUGCCACUUUCAAGAGGGAUGACGAUGUUUACGUGAUCGCGGAAAAGGAUCAUUAUGUUUCCGUGAUGGCGGCGUAAAUAAGAUUUUUGUGGGAGACGGUAAUGAUUUCCACACGACAAUGGCAAAUAGUCAAGAUAUUAGUGCGGUAAGAAUGCCACGGAUAGGCAUAGGUCGUAUUAAGCACAGAGAAGUAAUAUAAAAUUUACUGAUUUUUACUGAAAUUUACUGAUUUAUAUUACUUCUCUGUGUAUUAAGUAAGGAGUCGGACUAGCCAAGUUCGGAUUAGCGGGAUCUACUGUAACUACAUUUCUACUUUAAUUACUCUUACAGAUUUUUUAAAGAAAAAUGGGCCUACUCGUUUUUAUAUAAACAAUAAUUGGUGCCAAAGGUAUUUUGAGUAAUAAAAAGAUUUAUAACAGUGAUUUAUAAAGUAUAGUGUACUUAAUUCUACUGUUAAUAUUUUACUUAUAUUAGGCCAUUUGAAAAUGUUAUUUUUGUGAAGUCUUAGAUAGUUUUUAUACCAAUAAAACACAUUUAGGAAUAGUCUUAUGACCUAUAUUUUAGCAACAAUUUAAUGUUUUGUCUUGUAUUCUAUAUUCCUGCUUGUGAGAAAUAUGUGUUAUUGCUUUAUAUUUUACUGCAGUUUUGUGUUAUAAUAAAUAAUUUAUUUUA